AUGGUGCUGAUAGCUGCAUCUAUUUACAGUAAAAGUGGCAAAUGUAAGUUAUCUUAUAUUUUUCUUUCGUCUUUUAGUUAUUUGGUUUUAAAGUUUAAUUUUGUUAUUUUAGUGCUGCUAUGUCGUACAUUUGUCUCGGAAAUGACCAGAGGUCGGCUUCAAGGCUUGGUUGAUACUUUUCCAAAGCUUGUCAUUGGCGAGAAGAGUAAGUUUUUACAUUUGAACUAUUCUUUUAAGGUUAAUUCUAAAUGAAUCAUAAGCGAUUAGAUGAAUUUGAUCUUGCAGUUAGAUUACUUUUCUUGUGUUGUUUCUACUAUAAUAUUGUUUUAGAUCAAAAAGAACAUACAUAUGUGGAAACAGAUUCGGUCAGAUACGUUUACCAGCCAAUGGAUAAGAUCUACUUGGCUUUGAUUACCACCAAGACCUCAAACAUUAUGGAGGACUUGGAUUGUCUUAGAUUGUUUGCCAGGAUCGUGAGUUAUUUAUUUAUUUUUAUGGGUUUAGGUAUAAACUUCAAAGGAAAGGUCGUUUUGGUUUGAUUUUCGUUUUAUAUUUUCUUUUGGUUAAUUUGUAUCUAAAACUAUGGUAUAUAGUUUAUAGUUGGAUGAAAAGGGUGAUAAUUGGUUGAUUUUUGUAGAUUCCCGAAUACUGCCGUUCGAACGACGAAUCUGAAGUGUUUAACAAUGUUUUCGAAUUGAUUGCUGCGUUUGAUGAAGUUGUAGUGCUUGGAUACAGAGAGUCGGUAAAUUUGGCUCAAAUUAGAACGUUUACUGAGAUGGAUUCACACGAAGAAAGAAUCUUCAAUCAAAUACAGAUUGUAAGUUGUCUAGCUGUUUUAUAUUUACUUUGCUUUGGGCCAUAUUAUGACACUUUUAUAGUUUUUUGUGUUGUAUUGACAUAUUACAGGCGCAGCAAAAGCAAGCCAAGAACAACAUGUUGGAGAAGGCUAAGGAAAUGAAGAUGAAGAAGAAGGCAAUGGGCGGAGUUGCUGGUGGUUUUCAAGGAGGUUUUGGUCGCACGUCUGCGUCUUCAGGUAUUUUUCUUUAGAUUUUAACGUAAUGUGCUAGGAUUUUUAGUUUUUUUGAAUAUUAUCAAUAAGGUAUCAAAACAUUUAAAUCUUAUUUUUUCUUUUAGGAACCGCGCCUACAGCUUCAGCUUCGUUCAAAGCUCCGAUCGCUUCUUCUGACUUCGGAGCUCCUUCUUCUGAAGCCUUUAAGCCUAAACCAAAGGUUGGAGGAACCGGAAAAGCUCUCAAGCUUGGAGCCAAAUCUGCUACGGAGGAUUCUUUCCUUCAACAACUUCGUCAAGAAGGGCAGGUUGUUACCGAAACACAUAGUGUAAGUUGUUGUUUAUAAGAAAAGGAAUACGAAAAACUUUUUACACAAAUCAACUUUAAGUCUACCCUAAUUUGGUUUUAUUUAAUCUUUUAAUCAUAUUGGAUAUUAUUACAUUUGAGUAGUUUGAACUGUUUCAGAAACAACAUGCGGUCGACCCGGUACAAGAAGUGGCCGUACACCGAGAGCCUGUUCAUAUUAAGCUUGUUGAGAAGAUCACAGCUCAAGUUCCAAGAGGUGGAGGUUUGAAGUCGGCCGAAGUUCAAGGAAAUGUUUCUUUGAACAUUUCUGAUCCAAACUUCAACACCACUGUUAUUGCCAUGAAGAACAACAACAACUCGGAAGCCCAACUUCAAGUCCAUCCUAAUCUGGAUAAAAAGAUAUGGCAAGCGGAAGGAAUAUUAAAGUUAAAGAAUCUGAACAAACCGUUUCCUCCAAACACUGAUGUUGGAGUACUGAAGUGGAGGCUACCUUUGCAAUCCGAAGAUGAACUUCCAUUAUCAGGUAGGGUCAAAUUCAUACAGUAAGAGGCGGCAUAGUUAAAGGUUUAGCAGUUUUAAGAGUGUAUGCGGUAAAUGCUAUAACUUAAAUUGAAGAAAAAUAGAAGCUUGUAUAACGUCGUUUCAUCCUUUACAUUUAGGUUUAUAAUUUUAUUUCUUUUAGUCGUAUGCUGGCCAAACGAAACUGGAAAUGGAGUCACAGUCAAUGUAGAGUACACUCUCGAAAAGAAGGAGUUCAGUUUGGAAAAUGUGAAGAUCUCCAUUCCAUUGCCGUAAGUUUAUACUAAAACAAUUUGUUAAAUUAUGAACAUGUUAAUAAGCUUUUCUGACUAAAUUUUAGAAUGAAGAAUUUGAAUUUAUUAUAUCUUUUUACUAUUUUUGCUUCUUAACUACACUACUUCCUACAAAUGACUAUUUUUAGGCCAUCGACCGCUCCAAUUGUAUCCGAAUGUGAAGGAGACUACGAAUACCUGAAGUCAAAGAACACCCUCCUUUGGUCGAUUCCUUCCAUCGAUGACUCAAACAGCAAUGGCACUUUGGAGUUUGAGGUAGCAAAUGGUGACAGCGAGCACUUCUUCCCGGUUAACGUCGUCUUUUCGUCUCCAAACCUGUUCGUGGAACUGGCUGUCACUGGCGCUCAUUCGUUUGAAGGACAACAACCAGUACAGUACAGUACCGAGACCAAGUUGGUCACUGAUAACUACCAGAUUUUGUAA